AUGACCCCUCGAAGCAAAGAAGAGCUAGACGCCCUGGCUAUCAUCGACCCAGAAGUCGACGCUAAGCCCAGUAGCCGCAUACCACCCGCGGUGCCUGAAGUCACUGAAUCAACUCAGAAAUACAAAACCCGUGACGGCGCGGAACUUAACUUGAUCACCUUCCAAGCAACAGAGCCCGCACCUGGCUCCCAACCCCUCAUUAUCUUCUUCCACGGAGGCGGCGGCGUCGUGGGAUCAGCAUCCUCUGUCGCUCCCUUGGCCCGUGAGCUCGUCAAAGACCAGGGUUCUGUGGUAAUUAGUCCACAAUACCGUCUUGCACCAGAGCACCCGUUCCCUACCGGGCCCGACGAUGGCUGGGACGCAUUUGAGUACAUCGUUACACACAUCUCGUCCCUUGGUGCCCAAAUCGACCCUUCCCUGGGCUUGGUCGUGGGCGGCUCAAGCCAGGGGGCGGUUCUUGCCAGCCUAAUCGCCCUCCACGCCAAAGAGAAGACGCCUCCCCUACCCAAAAUCACAGGCCUAUAUUUCGCUGCUGGAGGGUUCAUUGCCUCGCCCGACACAAUUCCGGAGAAAUACAAGCAUCAAUACCUCUCUCGCACGGACGAGCGCUGUGUCAACGCCCCAGUCCUCGACAAGGAAACCAAGGCCAUGUUCGACAUGGCUUACAACCCGGACAUGUCGUCGCCUCUCUACCGCGCCUUCAACGUCCAACCACUCAGCAGGCAUGCCGACGUGGCCGCCAAGGCGUAUUUCCAAGUCUGCGGACUGGACAUCCUGCGCGAUGACACUCUCAUCUAUGCGUCGGUCUUGCAGGAUUUGGGCGUCGACGUCAAGUUCGACGUCUACGAGGGCGCGCCGCACGUGUUUUGGAGCGUGUUUAUUUGGACGAAGCUGGCUGGGCGGUGGAAGGACGAGACCAAGCGUGGUGUGAAAUGGCUUCUGGGCCGUGAGGAUAGCAGGUUGUAG